AUGCCCACUGGCAUUUCUUCUGAGUAUGAGCAGUUCACAUCUUACGAUUCCUCUUGUUUGCCGCAGACGUACCCCCAGAGCAACGCAUACGGUAGACCCGCAUCUCAAUCGCCUGCCUUUCUACGAACACCGCCCUCGUCUUCCAGCGAUAUGGUUGUUAGAGAUAGGUCCUCGCUCUCUUCGACGAGCUCGUAUGUAUUUGCGAGAGAACAGGCCAUGGCUUCCAAAUCAAAGGUGAAUAGCGCACUGUCAUAUGGGGGUAUCGUCAGCACGCCUCAAUAUGACGCCUCAACACAGCUGCCAUCCAGGACAUCUUUCAACACAAAUACGCCGAUGUACUUGGGCGACGGCUUCCAGACACCACACCCUACUCACCUCCAGCCUCCACACAGUGGUCUUCCGCCAGGUCAACUUCCUCUAUCAGCACCAGCCACCACCAUAGGGGGUCCCUCAAGCGCAUCACAGAUACUCGUGAACUCCACCGACCGUGGCCAAACAUGGACUAGGUUGAGGAGAAAGAAAAGGCCAACAAGGAAGCAUACCACAAAGGAGGAGGCCAAUUAUCAAUGCACGAUCGAUGGAUGUGGGAAGUUUUUCAGCCGCAGUUAUAACUUUAAGUCGCACUUGGAGACCCAUGAUGACAAGCGAGAAUACCCGUUUCCAUGUAAGGAGCCAAAUUGCACCAAAAAGUUUGUGCGGAAGACCGAUCUACAGAGACACCAUCAGAGCGUUCACACCAAGGAACGUAACCACAAGUGUGAUUUCUGCGGGCGCAUGUUUGCUCGAAAAGACACCCUCCGAAGGCAUAUGGAAGACGGCUGCUCAAAGCGAUUUGAAAUCGGCAUGCUGGAUGCAGAGGAAUACGAGGAGAUUGAAUCAGCAAAACUACCGGAAGUGCCGAGGCCAAGGGAGAUGCAAAACAUGGGCACAACUCUAAGACCUCCUAUGUCCGCAAACCCCAUCACCACCGGUCCGGAUGACAACAGAGGACUAGCUAUGCCCAGCCAUACGCUCACGUCGCGGGUCGACAAUUGGCGUUAA